UAUUGAAGACAUCCUCGCUUGUAUAAGCUGUCACAAACAAAGUUAAAACUUCGUGUUUUUAAAGCGCAUUCACAAAAUCCAGUCUCAUUUUUCGACAAGUAUUCCACUAUAGAAAUUAAUGUUUGAAUAGUUUGCUUGAUUUUAUAAUCACUACAAAAGAAAAUUCACUUUCAAAAAGUUUUGAUCUAAAACCAACGCAUGCAAAUAGUGAAAAAUUCGAAUUCAGUCACGACAACAGAAUUAUUUUAUCGAAUAUAAAUGAAACAAAUGUGACCCCAAAAGGAAAAUAAUAAUCCAAAAUAAAAAAAUGUACAACUCAGACGGUGAUAGCAAAAGUGUAAAAGGUACACUAAAAAUGGUUGACGGUGAUUGGAUAUGCAGUAAUCCCGAUUGUAAAAAUCUUAACUUUGCCCGUCGCACACAAUGCAAUCGAUGUAGUAAAGAGCGUGCACAAGAUUCAAUUGGACGAAAAAAGAAUGGCGUCGAACUUGGAAAAGUAGCCGCCGAUAAAAGUCGCGGUCUUUUCAAUGCGGAUGAUUGGAUUUGUAAUCGAUGCAGCAAUGUUAAUUGGCAGCGCCGAAAAAAUUGCAACGUCUGUAGUGCACCAAAAGUAUCAGACACGGAAGAACGAACUGGCUAUGGUGGUGGCUAUAAUGAUCGCGGUGUAGUAGAAUACAAAGAGCAUAAAGAAGAUUCAGAUGAUGAAUUCGAUGAAUUUGGCCGACGAAAAAGAAAACGCGAUGAAGAGAAUCGAACAGGUCGUCGAGACGAUUCAAGCAGUGACAGAAAUGAAAGUAGCAGUCGAAGUAAACGAUCGAAAAAGGAUGAAUCCGAUAAGAAAGAAAGCGACAAUGAAAGUGAUGAUGACGAAGACGAUUCUGAUAGUGACCUAUCGAAAUAUCGACUGUUCGACAGUGAAUCUGAUGUCGAGAAAAAUUCAUCGAAUCAAAAGAAAAGCGGCGAAACACACAAAUCAAAGCGUCGCUCUAGAUCCAAGUCAACAUCUGAAUCGUCUUCGUCAAGUUCCACCAGAAGGUCCAGAUCAAAAUCUCGAUCACAUUCUUCCAAAUCAUCGAGCAAAAGCAGUUCGUAUUCAUCGGGACAUUCAUCACGAAGAUAUGGUUCGCCACGAAGACAUCGAUCGCAUAGUAGUAAAUCUCGCAGUGUUUCAAGCAGAUCACGAAGUUGUUCUCGCGAUCGUACUCGACAUCGUCGACGAUAAAUCGUCGAUUAUUCGUAUGAAGUGUAUCCGUUUGGACCCAAAGAAGUUGACAAGAAAAUAUUGAUUAUUGAUAUCAAACGUAGAUUUAUUCAGCAGCUUGAUUUAUAAUACACAGUUCAAAGUCCGGGUAUUGAUUUUGACUAUGAUUCAUUUGUUUGGAUCAAAUUCAAUUGUUAAUUCGAAAUUAUGAUUGGAAAGCAAUUUGAACCACAGCAUAUACAAACACACAAUCUGUGCUCUUUGCAUUAUAUCACAAGACAUUCUGAUUUGUAAAGAUUGUCUUCAGAUAUAAUUGAACAAUAUCAUUCAGACAUUUUAAUACUUACAACAACCAAUGGGAAUGAAAUCAGGUUUUUUUCUACUUAUAACAGAAAAAUUAACAUUUUAACGGAUUAAAUCAUGUGUUUUAUAUAAAAAGAAUAAAGUACAAAUACGAUUUUUUUUAGUAUUGUUGGAUAAGCAAAAAAUUAUCCAGAAAUGUAUGUUCAAUUUUAAUAAACAAGAUAUCAAUAGUUCGUCGAUUUUGGAUCCAAUAAAUUUACAUACUUACUCACAAA